AUGGGUGAUGGUUUCCAAGCUGAACUUGCAGUACAUUUCCUCAAGGGAGCGAUGCUGUUUGGUAAGCGGCUAGAAGUAAACUUCUCGAAGCAUCCAAAUAUAACACCAGGCACAGACUCCCAUGAUUAUGUAAACUCGAACCUGAACCGCUUCAACCGCAAUGCUGCAAAGAACUACCGCUAUUGCUGCUCCCCUACAAAGAUGAUUCACCUGUCGACACUUCCUCAAGACGUGACAGAGGAGGAAGUGGUGAACCAUGUGCAAGAACACGGGGCAAUAGUGAACACGAAAGUGUUUGAGAUGAACGGGAAAAAGCAAGCUCUGGUACAGUUUGAGAGUGAGGAGGAAGCUGCGGAAGCAUUGGUGUGCAAGCACGCGACUUCUCUAGGCGGAUCAAUUAUCAGAAUCUCCUUCUCCCAGCUACAGACGAUUUAAAAUCGCUAAAACGCUUCUCUCUCUUUCUCUCUCCUCUAAUAACAUUAGGGUUUGGUGAGGAUUAAUGAAUGUAUGUCUGCUUUCCUACUCUUUCUGCUCUCUAUUUGUCUUAACUUGUGUUGGUUUUAAUUGUUUGUCUUGAUUUUGUGGGAUCAACAUUUAAUGGUAAUAUAAAGACCAUAAGAAAGGAAGUACUAGUAGAGUUCUAAUCUCA